UUUUCCUUGGUGUCAAAAUUAUGUCCAAUAACAAACGUUAUCACCAGUCAUAAGCUGACCGGGACUGACCAUAGCGGAGCUGAGCGGCUGAGAAUAUGAGCUCCAUCACCACCAUGGCCACCGGCGGGAGCAGCUCCGUUUUUCUAUCUAUCCCAACACCACCAUCACAAAAAAUACCAGUUUUAUCACACAAACAACUUUCUUUCACUAACAACAAUUACUGGUCUACAUUGUUCUUAAGUCGGGGUAAUUGUUCGUUAGAAUCUUAUCCUUUUCUCUGUUUUUCUUCCACAUCGUCAACUCCUCUUGUUACAGAAGAAGAAAAAGAAGAAGUUAAAGAAAGUGGGUCAAAUGAUGAUGUUCUUCCAGCUUCGAUAAGCCAAGAAUCUACUUCAGUUUUACCUCCCGGGGCAUGUCAGGCCUGUGGGAGAGAGGAGAUUGAAAGAGGAUGUAAUGGCGAGGGACGGAUACAAGGAGGGAUUGCAACAAUUCCAGGUUUUGGUUGGUGGCCAAUAAAGGCUUACAGGCCUUGCCCUGCUUUUGUUGCUUCGGGUGGUAGGUACAGAAGGUUUGGGCAAAGCAUGGAUGAAGUUGUUUCUGGCUCUGGGAGAGGAGGUAGAGCUAGUUCCGCGGGUACUGAUGCUGAGGUUCAAUCAAGCAAGAAAAAGAACGGAUCAAGCAGAUCGACGAGCUAACUAUCAGAAGGUAAUUUAAUCAGCUUCCUGCUCUAAGGAUGAGAAGCCAAUUGGAGUUAUCUUUUAAGAGAUUGAAGAAUGUUGUUGAUAUAUAUUCAGUUACUAAUUUAGCAAUUUUUGGCUCUCUAUAGGCUUCAUGUGGAGUGAUGAAACUUGAAUUCUAUGGAUUUAUACUAGUUCCAAAUUGUGAAAUGUAUAUCAGCCAUUGUAAUCAAUAUGAUCUAUAUUGUUUUGAUUUCACUUUUA